GGGAGUGCACUGUUAGAGGACAGAAAAGCAGACUGAGUGUUAACAGCCAGGAUAGGUAGAUCAGUGGGCAAACGCCGCUGAACGGAGGGUAGGAGUGAGAAACAGAAAAGGAGCUUCACACGUAAGAGAGAAAAGGAGUCUAGCAGGAGAGUGUUGUGACCGCUCGGGCAACAGGAGCUCGUGGCAGCCACGAAGAGGGCAGUCAAGCCUGAGGAGAUGCUGUGAGGAAACGUGCCAAGUGAUGGAGCUUGAACCAGACAGCAGACGGGCACAAUUAGUCAGGAGCUUAUGGAUUGCUGUUCAUGGGAGUGACUGAAUGCUUCUCCUCCAGAGGGAAAACUCUGGUUCAGAUUGUAUUGAAUGGAUGACCAGGAUAGAGUAAGCCAAGCCUCCAGCGUGGCCACCAUCUCUUACUUUCCCGUCAUCAAGGAAAGGGAUGGAAAGCUGCAAACAUUUGGGAAAAGAUGUCAGGCUGCCAAGAGAGACCCUAAUUGUCCUGUGGUCAUCAGAGGAUGGCUCAACAAAAAAGAUAGCUCUGGUCUGAAGCUAUGGAAGAGAAGGUGGUUUGUCCUCUCCAACUACUGUCUGUUUUACUACAAAGACAGUAGAGAAGAAUCUGUGUUGGGCAGCAUCCCCCUUCCGAGCUACAAAAUCCUGUUCUGCACACCACGAGAAUGCAAGAACAGGAAGUUCACCUUCAAGGUGGUGCACCAGGGAAUGCGCUCUUAUUUCUUCAGCGCUGACACUCAAGAGGACAUGUUGGGUUGGGUUCGAGCCCUCAGUCAGUCUGCUACAAUGGAGCCAGAGAGCUCUCUGAACAGACGUUGCUCAAGUUAUCAGGAUUUCACACAGAUAGGUGGCAGCAGCGAAUCAGUGGACUUACCUAAACCCCUCUCUGAUGGGGAGGGUCCCUCCCAAAAGCUCAGGCACGCUGUCAUCAGCAGGACUCUGAGUGAACCGAGUCAGCUCAUUGGUGGGAGGAUGGGGACAUCGCACUCAGAGCACAGGGGGAGGCAGAGUGUGCGUCAGAGAAACAGCAGAACACCCAGCCCUUCUGAUUUCAGCAGAAGAAGAGUUUGUGGUCCAAACCAAGAUGAUUCUCUUCCUGGCCAAAACACACCACCCACACAAACAGAAAUGAUGGGAAUGGGUUCUGUGACCUCAAGAGGUCAGCUGGGAUCACGACCUCACACACCAGUGGGGAGGGUUGACAUUCGACCCCACGAGGACUUGGUCAUGGUGCCGCAGACGCUGUACUACGCACCUGCCUCACCUAAGCUGGAGUUCAAAUCCACUCCUACCACUCCAGUCACAGAAAGGUGGCAGAACCUAAGCAAGCCUACACCUACAUAUGGUUCUGUCCAUCAUAUCUCAAGUGGGAGAAGACCUUUAGGAAAGAGCUACUCUACUGGGGCACAUGCAGACUUACUGCCCCCUUUGCCCCCCUCAUCUAGAGCUGCACAUGCUCCCCACUUCCCACACCACCACCACCACCACCACCAUCACCAUCACCGCAGCAAUUUAUCUGUGUGUGUGCUACCGCCAGCUAUGGCCCCAAAGCCUGACGCGAGGGAAACCCCACAAAUCAGGCCUCUUGAAAGUGAUGCAGAUGCUGUGUUGACGAGGUUGUGUGGGUGUGACAAGCUGCUACAGUCUCUGUCUGUAGAACUGGCCCAGCUACAAAUGGAUAAGGACAGCGUCCAUUGUGCAUUAGAGGUGUCCAGACUGCAGCUGGAGGAGUGGAAAAGCCAGGGGCCCAGGGCCCAUGAAGAAGCACUGACCCAGAAGGCUUUGCUUCAGGAGGAGCUGGUCACAAUCCGGGCCAGAAUGUGUGACGUAUCGCUGGAAAUGGAGAGAGUGUGGAGUCAGUAUGAGCGACUGGAGAGUGAGCUGUCUGUUAUACGCUCCCACCUUCAGCACGUCUGCAACUUUGGAGUGCCACAGGAGCAGUCUCAGGCCCAGAGAGAGUUGUGGAUGAUGGAGGACAUCCUGUCUGGACUAAAGAUUAACAGGGAUCACUUCCGCUUCCUGUUGGGACUACAAAGACAUCACACAUUCCAACCAACAGCUCCUCAUCCUGGUUCUCCUGGCUCUCCUACAGAGAUGCUGCAGAGUGGUCUGCCAAUGGAUGUGGAACAAGAGCCACCAGUUCGUCCACCGUUACCCCAGGAGUUACAGGAAAGCCACCAGAGCAGGGAUCAGGUCCAUGGCUGGACAGAGUCACCAUAUGAGGGAAUCUACAGCCAUGCUGUUGAUCCGGUGGAGAGAAGAGGGAACAGCCAGCCUGACCUCCUUAAUGUGAAAACACAUAAAGAUGCAUUCGAAUCUCAAUCUGAUUCAAAGUGGAUCCCACCAGAUACAACAAACCAAUCAACCAAGAAGAUUAAGAUGAGUGAAGAAGAGCAGAUAGAGCGGAUGAAGAGGAAUCAGGAGAGGUUGACUAAUAAGAAGAAACCCUCUAUUUCUGCUCCAGUUACCCAAACCCAGAGUCAAGGUUCAGAGACAAGAGAGGAGGCACCCUUUCCUCUAAGGGUGACACGAGUUGUUACAGCUGUAUUACCGUCCUCUCUCAAGGCCAGACGGGUUUCUGUUGAAGAUCCCCCACCUGAGUUUGACAACCCAUUGCCUGAACAGAUCCAACCUGAUACUCAGCAAAGAUUGGCUAUGCAGAGGAAAAAAAUGUUGAACAAGCCACACAGGCGUCUGUUGCUGGAAAGUCCUGAUCAAAACUGGUCCCCUGUAGAGAUGCACCACGAUCAGCCAGACAGAAAGACAAACAGGCAGCAGCAGCAUCAGGGAGUAGUGAAGUCCUCCAGAGGAGAGUCACGGUCAGAGGUGGGCAGAGCUGAGCCUACGGAGACCUCAAGAAAUCAAGUUCGAGAUGAAGCAGGUUUAGAUAAUGGAAGUGCAAGCUUGGAUGUCAGGGCGGAGGAACAGGCCUCUGCCACCCCAACCCCUAACAUGGACCUUAACCUCUGUAUGACCCCUGAGCAGCGAGAGGCCAAACUGCGUCGUGUGGAACGAAUACGGGAGAGAGUCAUAAGAAGCGCAGUCAGAGAGAAUGUCACUACACACAGUCAACAGCCAAUCAGGGGGGAGAGGCAGGAAGUUCAUCAGGUGUCCCCUGACGCAGCUAGAAAACAAAGGACGAGAUCAGACCAUGAACCUCGCCAUGGGGAUGACAUCAGAGGUUCUGCAGAACUUCAGUUUUCCAGUGGAACAUCUCAGGAGGAAGAUAAAAGAGAUGGACAUGUGAAAAAAUCAAAAAGUCAAGUGAGGUCUGGGAGCACAACACAAUACAAGGAUCACAGUGGAAGAACAGGGGUUGCCAAAACUAAAAUCAAACGUCCAGCUUCGCCCUAUCAUAUCUCAUCUCUGACUGUUUACCAGAAAGAUGGUGGCAAGGGAUUUACAAGUGGCAAGGAUGAAGAGGAGCAAAGGCUUGAAGACUCUGCCACUGAUGAAAGUGAUUUUUCAUCCUCCAAUCUGAGAGCCAAGUGGUUUCUCUCCACCAACCAGUGGCAAGGUUUCAUACCUUUGCAGAUCCCUGGCAUAGACUCAUUGGGCAGUGAGGAGAUAUCAGACCCCGAGAACCAUCCUGCAUGUGCUGAUGAUGUGACUGAUUGCAAUGAAAUGUCAUCUGCUGUCAGCGAAAGCUUAGAGAAAAUGAAAGAGAACCAUUCACUCUUCUAUAAGAUUGCAUGUGAUAUUAGUAUUUCUGACUCAGAUAUAACCAAGAAUGAUGGGAAUUCAAAUGCCCAAACGUCACCCAGGCCAGAGGAAGAAGAACUACUGAUCACUGAAUCUGUCCCAGAGGAAGCAGCCCAUGAUGUUGAGAGAUCUUUAAACCAAGAGAGCAAGAAUUUCAGCCCACAUUUGCCAUCAGUUGUUAUUGAACAUAGUCUUGCUGUUAAUAACAAUCUCCAAGAUUCAGCACAGGAAACCCAGGACAAAGCAGUGUUAAGUACCUCAGCCAGUCCAUCAGAAGAGGUGUGUGUUUAUCGAGAGAUCCCUGAAAAAGAAAGUGAAGACACCUCAAGGCAAAAAGGCCAGUUAGAGAGAGUUAGAGAAACUAUCCAUGAAGAUCCCGUGCAGGACACUGAUUGUGAUCAGGACCUGGAUAAAAAUGCCGCGGCAAGAGAUGAACACAAUGGGGCAAAAGAAUCGGAAGACAGAAAGGGGGACCAAGAGAGAUCUGAAAAGCAGAGGAAAUGUCGUAGUUUAAGUGAGGAGAACAAAGAGACUGUCCAUGAACGAGGCAACAACCGCUCCGUCCCUCCAUCCAGCUCCUUGUAUGAGGGCGGGAGUGUGAUUCGGAGUGCCUCUUUUGGGAAGACGCGAGUUACAGUAUUAAGGACAAGUUUGUAGAGGCAAGAAGAGUGGCAGCUUAAGGAGCUUAAAUGAACACAUUUGGGAAGGACAAGAACACAGUUAAGUGAUUUAUGGUAAAGGACAAUGCCCGAAGAGGAGGAUUUGAAGAGUUUGAAAGAAUUAAUUGGACUUGACUUUGGAUUAGAAAUGGGAAAGUGGGAACAUACAAUAAGAGAAAUGAUCAUAAUGUUUGGUAAACUUGAACAUUUCCAUUAUUUGUAAUGGGUGGUUUGAAAAGGAUGCUGGUAAAAUAGAAAGUCUUAAGAGUAUUUCUUGAAAACAAAACCUAUGCAUGCACAUAUAGUGUUAUUCUUGCAGUUGAUGGUAAACACCAAAUACCUUAUGUAUAGCUGCCCAUUUGUGGUUAACACUUUCAUUCCUCUCGCAAUAUGCAUCUAACACAACACAGAAACUACACGUGAUGGCUGCUUGUAGAUGGCGAGAUAACCCUGUUAUUUUCACUGUAACCAAAUGUGUUUUGUAUCUCAAACAUCCUGAUUAAUAAACAUGUCGUGUGUCUGACAUAAGCACAGAGACUCCUGCUCCUUAUU